AUCAUCCUCCGUUCUGCGUGUUGCAUGAGCAAAUCCAGUAAGAAACCACCACGUCAAACUCAGACUUAAUUCUCUCGCGGUGGAACAAUCAGAUUAGCUAACCGCAGUGCUUAACCAUGGUUUGACAGUCACUUCGCUCCCGCAAUCGGCCUCUUUAAAUAUCAGUCUACCAGCCGCUCAUUUUUCCGUCUCGGGAUAACCGAUUAAGUAACGGAGUGAAAGUUCGGUCCGUCGCUCUUCUCCUCCGGUCGUCUUCAAGAUUCAACUUAGAAGGCGACACGGAUAUUUAAGCUUGACAGACAGGCCUUCCUUUUACUACUGGAGUGCAGAAACCCUUUGGUCAGGAUUGGCUUACCUUUACUUGAAGUGGAUAACCAUGAUUCCUCCAGACUCUUCCUGUCAUGCUGAUAUUGGUUUUGACUGUACCAAUGAGGAGCUCUUUAAGGCUCUUGAGAAAAUGAUGACUGGAUCUCAACGCCCUUGUAAUGUGAUUGAUUUAAAUCCUUACAAGUAUAGACCUAAUAAUUUGCCUGAGGGCAUUUGGUACCUUAUUAACUCAAAGGAGAACACAGAUACAGAAUGUGGAUUUUGGAAGACUGAAGAGGAGGCCUGUGAAGUAUUCUCAGACUCUGCCAUUAUUGGCCGGAGAACUACUCUACAAUACUACGAUGGUCAAGUCUCUCAGGAAUGUAAAACUGAUUGGUUGAUGCAAGUGUUUAGCAUAACUCAGAAGACACUGUGUGAGAACAGCAUGGCAAAGGAAGCCACCAUGCUCUGCAGAGUCUUUCUUGCUGGUGAGAAGAUUACUGACCAGAAUUUGAGACAGAAAAUGUCAUUAACUGAUACUAUUACUACAAAACAGAAUAACUUGACAGAGCAGCUUCUUCAAAAAGGUGGCAGUAAUACAAAUGUAGGUUCCACAAGUGAGUCCAAGGUAUAUCAGUCUUAGCAUCCUUGUAUUUCGUAUUUCUUUAAUUCUGCUUUGGUUUGGAUUUAACAUUCAAUUAUUUGACAUUGAUAUGUAGAUCAUAUUUUCGUUUUAGACCACUCAGCAACUUGAUGAACAGCUGAUUAGGAAGCUCAUUUAAAUGUUCAUCUUAAGUAAAUAAUUCAAUUUGUUGCUUUUAUAUAGAACCACCAAACUUAUACAGUCUUAUUUAGGAUUACCUAAAAUAUCUUCCAGAUGCUCUAGUGUUGCAACUUCAAAUAUGUUCUUUAAUAAGGUUAUGAUCAGCAGACUGGGAAAUUUGUAGAUUUCAAAUUUUAAGCAUCAUUUAUACCUUGACAAGAUGUCGUUUCUGGUUGGACAUCAUAUUGUCAUGAAAUUUAGGCAACCAUUAGUGAUUAAACUAGUAGGCAACUGUAGUUAGAGGAACCAUCUGCAGGCUUUGUUUCUUGUUUUGUUUAGAGUGGGAUUGAACCGAAGGAAUUUUUCUUUUUCUUUUUCUCUUUGAGAAUGGGGAAGAUGCAGGUUACUCUCCUUUUGUUUUGAGGCCUAGUCAUGAUGUGUAGGUGAACAAGGAUGAUGAGAUAAGAGCAUUGGCUGUUAUGGAGAGACUUACUAAUCAUCCUAUGGAAAACCCGCCUGAAGCUGAUAUUCUGAUGGAGGACUACCUGGAAUUGCGGGAUCUUGAUAUCCCUGCAUCACCUUCAUCAAGUUCAGAAAAUUCAAGUUGCUUGACCAGGUCAUCAGGUGCCUCUUUUGAUUCGCAAGACCUUGAGCCUGAAAUGGACCAAGUUUUGGAGCAGAGGUAUGCAGGUUACACAUUCACCGCCCCUGUAUCUCACAAUCCUACUGAAGUGGUUAUGCUUCCAGCUACUUUAGGUAUGCCAAACUUUUUAUUUU